CGUCCCAGUGAAAUUGAUACUUGAAAAACCAGCACCAGAGUGAUCGAGAGGAGGAAGAAGAAAGAAAGUGGUGGAAAGCAAAGCAAAAGAGUAUGAUCAUGAGCGGAGGAUUUAGCUGUUGCUGCAUCUCUCGGCCCUUACCUCCAAACCACGAACGCAAUCUUUCAUGGACUUCACCACCACCAAAACCUAAUCGCCCAAUUUCCGCUCUCACUCUCAGAAACCACUCGAACCACAACGAUAUUUCCUUUAGACUCAUCGCCAGAGUCGUUUCCUCUGACGACGUGUCUCUUGUAAACCCAGUGGUUAGUACUAAAGAGGGAGAGGGGGAGGAGGAGGAACGAGAAGAGGUCUAUGGAGCCUUCAAUGGAGUCGCGGACACCAAACCUCCAAGUCCUUCCACUAAAGUCAAAAAGAAGAAAGAGGACUACGAAGACGACGAUAAUAGGUUUAAGCUGCGAAACGGCAGGGAGGUAUUUGAAGAAAAAGCCUACCUUGUUGGUGUUGAGCGUAAAGGUGAUACAGAGGAUUCUUUUGGUAUAGACGAAUCACUCAAGGAACUGGCUCAGCUGGCUGACACUGCUGGACUUCUGGUUGUGGGUUCCACAUAUCAAAAACUAGCUUCUCCGAACCCAAGGACGUAUAUUGGUUCUGGCAAAGCUGCAGAGAUUAAGACUGCAAUUCAUGCACUUGAUGUUGAGACUGUAAUAUUUGAUGAUGAGCUUUCAGCUGGGCAAUUGCGCAAUUUGGAAAAGGCUUUUGGAGGAGAUGUUAGAGUUUGUGACCGCACUGCCCUCAUCCUCGAUAUCUUUAACCAGAGGGCAGCAACACAUGAAGCAGCUUUACAGGUUGCAUUAGCACAAAUGGAGUAUCAGUUACCUCGACUAACAAAAAUGUGGACUCACCUUGAGCGUCAAGCAGGAGGCCAGGUGAAGGGGAUGGGUGAGAAACAAAUUGAAGUGGAUAAGCGUAUCUUACGUACUCAAAUUGGUGUUCUUAAAAAGGAGCUUGAAUCAGUUAGAAAACAUCGAAAGCAGUAUCGGAACAGGCGUACGUCUGUACCAGUACCAGUAGUAUCUUUGGUUGGGUAUACAAAUGCUGGAAAGAGUACACUUUUAAAUCGAUUGACUGGAGCUAAUGUUCUUGCCGAGGAUCGGUUAUUUGCAACCCUUGAUCCAACUACAAGAAGGGUGCAGAUGAAGAAUGGUAAGGAGUUUCUUCUCACAGACACGGUUGGUUUCAUCCAAAAGUUACCAACUACACUGGUUGCUGCCUUCAGAGCUACAUUGGAGGAGAUAUCAGAGUCAUCGCUUAUGGUGCAUGUGGUGGACAUCAGCCAUCCUCUAGCAGAGCAACAGAUAGAAGCUGUGGAGAAGGUUCUGUCAGAACUAGAUGUGUCAUCAAUUUCAAAGUUGAUGGUAUGGAACAAGGUUGAUAAGGCUAGGGAUCCUCAAAAAAUCAAGUUGGAAGCGGAGAAGAGAGAAGAUGUUGUAUGCAUAUCUGCUUUGAAUGGUGAAGGCUUACACGAAUUUUGCGAUGCGGUUCAAGAAAAAUUGAAGGAUUCUAUGGUUUGGGUGGAAGCUUUAAUCCCGUUUGAAAAAGGAGAGCUCCUGAGUACCAUACAUCAGGUUGGAAUGGUUGAGAGAGCUGAGUAUACAGAAAAUGGGACGUUGGUCAAGGCGCAUGUUCCCCUCCGCUUUGCAAGGCUGCUCACACCAAUGAGGCAACUGUGUAUAUCAUAGCCUUCUUAAAUAACCAUCCAGUAUUUACUUCUUUGAUGUCUCCUAAUCAUUGAUGUCUUGUGUACUUCCAUCUGACAAGCAAUUGUUCCGGGAGAGAGAGAGAGAGAGAGAGAGAGAGAGAGAGAUUGGUUAUAGUCUGUACAGCCCUUCUUGUAACAUACUAUCAUAAAUCUGCCUAAGGUUUGUAUAAAGAGUGGCCUGCUUUUAUUUUCA